GUAUGUACAAAUGUACAUACAUACAAAAUGCAAUCUAGUUAGUUGAGCUUUUGGCGCAGAGAAAUCAACAGGUGUGAUAGCUGAAAAAAAUUUUAAGGCGAUGUCAUCCAGUAGCUCCAGCUUGGACAUUGGUUCGAAGACGCUCAUCGGCGUGGGCGUUGGCCUGGCAGUGGCGGGAGGGGCAAGCUAUUUCCUUUACCGCCGCUACCUACAAUACCGGGAUGCCAUGCCUCUGAAGUGGAGGCGCGUGGGAACGUUGCAUCAGAUCAACCUAUUUCCAGUCAAGUCCUGUGCUCCACUCGACUUGACACCGGGCACCGAGUACGAAUGCGAUAUGCUGGGAUUGUCCUACGAGGGAAUACGCGACCGCACACUAAUGCUGCUGGAUGAAAGUAACACAAUGGUGACGGCUCGGGGUUUUCCUCAAAUGUUGUUAAUAAAGUCAAGGAAAGUCUCGGUGAAUGAAAUCGUAUUCAGUGCACCGGGUAUGCCCGAUUUGGAAUUUGAUUUCGAGAACUUGGAGAGUCCUGGCCAGGAUUUGCAUACCACCGUCUGGGGCGCCCCCGUGGAUGCCAUGAUUUGUGGCGAACGGUUCGACAAGUGGUUCUCUCUGUUCAUCUUGAAGAAGGAAACCGGACUAAAGCUGGUGCACUAUCCGUACCCGAAGGCCGUAAAGAUCAUCAAUCCGCGAUUGAAGAACAUGCCCCACAUAAGACAAGCGGAUUCGGGCACUUUCAACGAUGCGACAAGCUAUAUGCUCAUGAAUCUGUCAUCGGUCGCCGAUCUGAACUCUCGAAUUAAGAAUCCCGUGGAUCCGCUCCAAUUUCGAGGUAACUUCGAGCUAAAAGCUGAUGUAGACGAGCCCUACGCGGAGGAUCAUUGGCAAUGGGUUCGCAUUGGUGACGAGGCCGUUUUUCGUUCAGUGGCUCCAUGUACACGUUGCAUUCUUCCGAAUAUUAAUGUCAAUACAGCGGAGCGGGACAUCGACGGCGAACCCUUAAAGACUUUGAAAAGCUAUCGAUUGUUCAACUAUAGCUCCCCAGCACUGGGCAUACAUUUGGGUCUGCGGCAGCCAGGCAGGGUCAAGGCCAAUGAUGUUGUGUAUGUGGAGGACAAGUGAAUAAAUCGUUGAAAAUUUCGUCUGCUUAUCGUAUAGUUAAUUAUGUAUACACUCAUGUUUAUUAAAUAGAACAUAUGUAGAUAAUGAAA